UCUCAACUCUAAACCCUAAAACUUUCCCAGUUUAAGCCUCUGUCUCCCCUGCUCUUUCUCUCUCUAAAACUUCUUGAAAAAUCUUUGUUGAAUUCCUUAUACUUGUUUUAGGGAGUUUGCAAUUUAUACUUUGGAUACAAACAAAUACCAUCUUUGAUCUUUCCUUCAACCUUUAGUUCAGCCAUGGAAGAAUCGCAGCUACCAAAUGGUGAAGUUUCUGCUCCUACAAGCAAAUUUGAUUCCAAGACAGAGGCAUCUUCUGCUAAAAUGUAUUUUCAUUAUUAUGGACAGCUGUUACAUCAGCAAAAUAUGCUGCAGGACUAUGUGAGGACAGGAACCUAUUACGCUGCUGUCAUGGAGAAUCGUGUAGAUUUUUCUGGGAAAGUAGUGGUUGAUGUUGGGGCUGGUAGUGGUAUCCUCUCAUUAUUUGCUGCUCAGGCUGGCGCAAAGCAUGUUUAUGCUGUAGAAGCUUCUGAAAUGGCUGAAUAUGCACGUAAGCUUAUUGCUGGCAAUCCCUCUUUAGCUGAUCGAAUAACGGUUGUAAAAGGAAAGGUUGAAGAAGUGGAGCUGCCUGAGAAAGCAGAUAUAUUGAUUUCUGAGCCCAUGGGAACUUUACUGGUUAAUGAAAGAAUGUUGGAAUCUUAUGUUAUUGCAAGAGAUCGUUUUCUUAUUCCUAAUGGAAAAAUGUUUCCCGGAGCAGGAAGGAUACAUAUGGCACCAUUCAGCGACGAAUAUCUGUUUGUUGAGAUUGCAAACAAGGCACUCUUCUGGCAACAGCAAAAUUAUUUUGGUGUGGAUUUGACCUCGCUGUAUGAUUCGGCAUUCCAAGGUUACUUUUCACAGCCUGUGGUAGAUGCUUUUGACCCAAGGCUUCUUGUGGCACCUGCUAUAUGUCACGUGCUAGAUUUUAACACCAUUAAGGAGGAGGAAUUAUACGAAAUUGACAUUCCAUUAAAAUUUACAGCUACAGUGGGCACAAGAGUGCAUGGGUUAGCUUGUUGGUUUGAUGUUUUGUUUGGCGGAAGUUCGGUCCAGAGGUGGCUGACCACUGCACCUGGUUCACCAACUACACACUGGUACCAAUUACGCUGUGUUCUCUCUCAGCCUAUAUACGUCAUGGCUGGACAAGAAAUCACUGGACGCCUUCGUAUGGUUGCCCAUAAUAAUCAGAGCUAUACCUUAAAUCUGACGCUGUCAGCUAAAAUGUGGGGUGCCGGAGCUGAGCAAGGAGGAAUCCUUCAAACUUCUUCCGGUAAGAUGGAACUAAAGGAACCCUAUUAUAGAAUGUCCCAACCGCAAAUACAACCUCAGGCGUAUGCGGUAGCUCAAGAUCAGCAACCACAACAGCUUAUACAGGAUAUGAACAUCCAAUCACUGGAUCUUGAAGGAGCCGACUUACUACAACACGAAUUGGAGAACACAAACGUUCAAAUCCAGUAGAAAUUACCGAAUAUUCAAGUCUCAAAGAUCAUGUUCGGUAGAAGCGUUAGUGCACACAUAGAAAGGCUGGAGCGGAGAAUUUCAGGACCAUGUUGAUUAUGUUAUACCAUAGAGUGUUGUCGUCUAUGGCGCCCUCGAGGACUCUCCACCUUUCUUUCAGUCAUGGUCCAGUUAUGUUAACCCCUGUGCAUUAUGAUAUCUUUGUUAGUGAUUUUAGAAUCUAAUGUAUUGUAAUAUCUUAGCUUAGAGCUGAGUUUGUUUCAUUAACUUGGUUCGAGUUUUCGGCGAUUCUAAUAUUUGUUUGGCGGUUUUCGGUCAUGGAUACUCAUAUCAUGCAAUUGGAAGCUCAA